AAGUAAUUAAAAAAACUCUGUUAUCAAUAUUAUUAGUUAUGCUCGUGUAAUAAUAUUUUUAAGUUUUGUUUCUUAUUGAAAAUAUUUUAUUUUGGAAUUUAUAACGGAAUUAAUAAUUGUAAACAUAUUGUUUUUGCACAAUGUAUAUAAUAAUGGUAUUUUCAAAGUGUAUUUUAAUUAUUUGUAUGAUAAAUAUUCAUAACGCUAGUGGAUUCAAUUUUAUAGAAGAAAAUGUGACUCUAACAAUUGAUCAAGGCACAUUAGUUGGAAAAAAGUCAGCCGAUUAUUGGAAUACAAGUUCAUUCUACAGUUUUGAAGGAAUACCAUACGCAAAACCACCCAUAGGCGUAUUACGAUUUAAAGCACCCCAGCCGGCAGAACCUUGGUCUGGAAUUUACAAUGCUACACAAGUACGACCCAUUUGCCCUCAAAUUAGCAGUCCAAUGUUUGAAUUUGAUAAGAAUAAAAAUCUGGAGCAAAGUGAAAAUUGCCUAUAUUUAAGUGUUCAUACAAAAAUGUCACCGCAAUUACUUCCAGUAAUGGUUUGGAUUCAUGGUGGUGGAUUCGAAUUCGGUAGUAUAUUUGAAGACACAUAUGGUCCAGAAUUAUUGAUGACCCAGAAUGUCACUUUAGUAAAAAUACAAUAUCGUAUGACUGUUUUCGGUUUUUUAGGCAUUGAUGAUCCUAAAUAUGAAAUUCAUGGUAACGCGGGGUUUAAAGAUCAAGUUUUAGCAUUAAAAUGGAUACAAAAAAAUAUCCAUCAUUUUGGUGGUGAUCCAAAUCAAGUGACAAUUUUUGGUGAAAGUGCAGGUGCAGCAGCAGUACAUUUGUUGUAUUUAUCACCAUCAACAAAAGGCUUGUUUCAUCGUGCAAUAGCUCAAAGUGGUGCCGCAACUGUACCUUGGGUGACAUCACCUAAUAACUAUCCUGAAUUAGCUAAGGCGUUGGAGUGUAAUUCAGAAAAUUUAAACGAAAUUGUCAAGUGUAUUAACAGUACAUCUAUGGAUGGAAUUCUUGCUGGCCACAAAAUAAUGACCCAAAAUGAGGAAUUAAAUGAGGAAAUGAGAGUUGGAGAAGUCGUUAAAUUCAAUAGCUUUACAAUUGAGCAAGAAAAAAAUUCAAACAGUUUUUUAACAGAACAUCCUGAUGUUAUUAUGGAAAAUGGCAAGUUCAAUAAGUUACCGUUAAUUAUGGGUUAUGCAACACAAGAAGGUUACUUAUGUAUAAAUCCUGACAAUUUAAGUCCAAACUUUACCGAUUCACGGAAACUAAUACCAAGAGAUAUACUCGAUCUAAAAACAAUCGAUCUAGAAUCAGAAGAAGCUUAUCAAUUGGGUAAUAAAAUUCAAGAAUUUUAUUAUGGUAAUCAAACACCAUCUUGGGAUCCGUCUACAUUUCCGGCUUUAAUAAAUUACUUAACUGAUAUAUAUAUUUUGAAAAAAAUGUAUCAAAGCGCUAAGAUACAAUCAAUUGUUGCUGAUACCGUUCCAAUAUAUUUCUACAAUUUUGAUUACUACACCAAAUUAAAUGGAAUUCAAACACUACCAGUUGUGACACAUUUUGACGACAUUUUGUAUUUAUUCAAUGUAAAGAAUCGUACGGAAGGAAUUUUGAAUCCAAAUUCUUUAAAUGGAAAUACUUCGGAAUAUGUUGGAUUACAACGCAUGAUAAAAUUAUGGACAACAUUUGCAACAUCUAAAACUGCAGAUCCAAAUCCUAUUGAUGAUCCUUUAUUAGAUGUUAAAUGGUUACCAAUUCAACCAAACAAAUUUCAUUAUUUAAAAAUUUCUGAAAAUCUUGAGUUAAAAGAAAAUCCCGCUGAAGAACGUAUGAGAUUUUGGGAAAAAAUUCAUGAGGAUUAUGGCAAAAGAAAACUUCUUAAAAUUUUGUAUACUGUACUGUGGGUGACUGCAAAACAUGAAUGCGGUUCAAAUUUGGUUAACGAAAAGAUUAGCGUAACAAUUGAUCAAGGGACAUUAUUUGGGAAAAAAUCAUUAGAUUAUUGGAAUGGAACAUUUUAUAGUUUUGAAGGAAUACCAUAUGCAAAACCACCAAUUGGUGAAUUACGAUUCAAAUCACCAAAACCAGCUGAAAAAUGGUCGGGUAUUUAUGAUGCCACAAAACUAAGACCUGUUUGCCCACAACUUCCAAGCCCAGUCAUUUCAAUUGAGGGUAUGGAACAAAAUGAAAAUUGCUUAUUUGUAAAUGUUCAUUCGAAAAUGUCAAAAGAAUUAAAACCAGUAAUGGUGUGGUUUUUUGGAGGUGGACUGCAACGGGGCAGUAUAUUUGAAUCCCGAUAUGGUCCAGAAUUACUUUUAUCUGAAGAUAUAGUUUUAGUGAAAGUAUCACAUCGCUUAAAUAUUUUUGGUUUUUUAAGGAUUGAUGAUCCGAAAUAUGGUAUUCACGGUAAUAUGGGUUUCAAAGAUCAAGUUUUGGCAUUAAAAUGGAUACAAAAAAAUAUUCAAAAUUUUGGAGGUGAUCCUAACCAAGUUACAAUUUUUGGUGAAAGUUCUGGUGGUGCUUCUGUUAAUUUGUUAUGUUUAUCCCCAUUAGCUAAAGGAUUAUUUCAUCGAGCUAUUAUACAAAGUGGUUCAGCAGAAUCUUUCUAUUUAACUACACCAAAGAAAUUUACUGACAUAACUACAUCUGUAAAUUGUACUUCGAAAAAUUUACAUGAAACUGUUAAAUGUAUUAACGAGAGUUCUACAGAAUACCUAAUAAAUGGGCUGAAAGCGUUAGGCAAUGAAUUAUCUUACAAUGAGAUUCUUAAUAUAACUCAGCGUUUUGAUUCUACUAUUCUGACAAUUGAAAAGAAAUAUCCGAAUAGCUUUUUAUACAAACAACCAGAAGACAUUGUAAAAACUGGACAAUUUAAAGCAGUUCCAAUUAUAAUGGGUUUCACUAGCGAUGAAAGUGCAGGUGCAGCCAGAAAUUACUUUUUCCCACCCAAUUUUACGGAUUAUAGAGUUCUUAUUCCUUCAGAUAUCAAAAUAGAUUUACAAUCUGCUGACGCUUUUAAUUUAGGAAAUCAAAUAAAAGAAGUAUAUUAUGGAAAACAAACACCCUCGUACGAGUUAAUUGAUCCUUUAAUUGAAUAUUUAACCGAUUUAAUGGUUUUGCAAAAAAUGUAUAAAUAUGCAAAGUUAUUAUCAAAAACUGCAACGGUCUACUUUUAUGAAUUCAAUUACUACACAAAAUUAAAUCCACAACAAAAUACACCAAGAAAAUAUAUAACUCAUGCAAGUGAUGUGCCAUAUUUAUUUUAUCAGAAAGGUGUAACGCCUGAAAAUAUGGAUAAUAGUUCUGAAGAGUACAUAGCAAUUCAUCGUAUGAUUAAACUAUGGACUACAUUUGCUAAAACUGGAAAUCCCAAUCCAGUAAAUGAUCCCUUAUUAAAUGUUAAAUGGCUACCACUUGAACCAAAUAACUUUAUUUAUUUGAAAAUUUCACAAAAUUUAGAAUUAAAACUUAAUCCAGCCGAAAACCGUAUGAAGUUUUGGGAAAAAAUAUAUAGGCACUUUGAAGGAAUACCAUAUGCAAAACCACCAAUUGGCGAACUGCGAUUUAAAUCACCAAAACUAGCUGCAAAAUGGUCGGGUAUUUAUGAUGCCACAAAACUUAGACCUGUUUGUCCGCAAAUUGUAUUUUCUUCUAUUGUGGGAAUGGAACAGAAUGAAGAUUGUUUAUUUGUAAAUGUUCAUUCCAAAAUGUCAAUAGAAUUAAAGCCUGUAAUGGUGUGGUUUUUUGAAGGUAGGCUUCAACAAGGUAGUAUAUUUGAAUCUCGAUAUGGUCCUGAAUUACUUUUAUCAGAAGAUAUAGUUUUGGUUAAAGUAUCAUUCCGCUUAAAUAUUUUUGGCUUUUUAAAGGAUGAUCCUAUGUAUGGUGUUCAUGGUAACAUGGGUUUCAAGGAUCAAGUUUUAGCAUUAAAAUGGAUCCAAAGAAAUAUUCACUACUUUGGGGGAGAUCGUGAUCUAGUUACAAUUUUUGGAGAAGGUGCAGGUGGUACUUCUGUUAGUUUAUUAUGUUUAUCGCCAUUAACCAAGGGAUUAUUCCAUAGAGCUAUUAUACAAAGUGGUUCACCAGAAUCUGUUUGGUUAGAUACACCAAAAAAAUAUUCGCAUAUAACUAUACCUAAAAUGUUGCAUCAAAACAUAAAUUGUAGCAACGCCGUUAAGUGUAUUAAUGAAAGUACUACAGAAAGUGUUAUAAGCGACGUAAAGCAAUUAGAUCAAAUGAAGUCUAUCGAUAAGAUUUUUAACAUAACUCAUAUUCCAUCUAGUGUUCUUACAAUCGAACAAAACUGCCCUAAUAGCUUUUUAUCAGAAGAACCAGAAAAAAUUUUGAAAAGUGGUAACUUUACUAAAGUUCCAAUUAUAAUGGGUUUUACCAGUGAUGAAGGUGCAUGUUCCCAAGAAAACUAUUUUGUCCCACGGAAUUUCACAGAUAGUAGACUUCUUAUUCCCAAAGAUAUUAAUAUAGGUAUAGAAUCUGAAGCUGCUUUUGAUUUAGGAAACAAAAUUAAAGAAGUAUAUUAUGGAAAUCAAACACCAUCGAACCAGCUAAUUGAUCCGUUCAUAGAGUACUUAACUGAUUUGAAGUAUUUGACCAAAAUUUAUAAAUAUGCAAAAUUAUUUUCGGAAAGUACGCCAGUGUAUUUCUAUGAAUUCAAUUACUACACAAAAUUAAAUCAAUACUCGUCACCAAAAUAUAUAAGUCAUGGAUUUGAUCUACCUUAUUUAUUUUUUAACAAAUGUGUAAUGCCAGAAAAUAUGGACAACAGUUCUGAAGAAUACAUAGCAAUUCAUCGUAUGCUUAAAUUAUGGACUACAUUUGCAAAAACUGGAAAUCCUAAUCCAAUAGUGUUUUCAAAGAAUAACAAACUUCCCAAAGUGAUCAUUAACUGGUCAAUGUUAUUGAAGUUAGUUAUAAAUAGAGCUUAUCCAUCAAUUACUUUACUUUUUAAUAAUAGUGCGUUUAAAAUGCCAACAUUGUUUUACUCUACGAUUUUCUGUAGUGUUUUAUGGUUGGCCACUCGGGCAGAAUGUUAUUCAAAUUUUAUUAAAGAAAAUGUCACUCUAACCAUCGACCAAGGAACCUUGGUUGGUAAAAAAUCAUUAGAUUAUUGGAAUGAAGCGUUUUAUAGUUUUGAAGGAAUUCCCUUUGCAAAGCCACAAAUUGGUGAAUUGAGAUUCAAAGCACCAAAAUCAGCUGGAAAAUGGUCUGGAAUUUAUGAUGCUACAAAACUAAGACCUGUUUGCCCACAAGUUUUAAAGCCAUUUAUUUGGAUUCAGGGGAUGGAACAGAAUGAAGAUUGUCUUUUUGUAAACGUUCAUUCAAAAAUGUCAAAAAAGUUGAAACCUGUAAUGGUCUGGUUUUAUGGAGGUGGAUUACAAUGGGGAAGUAUAUUUGAAUCGAAAUACGGACCAGAGUUUCUUGUAUCAGAAGAUAUUGUUUUAGUUAAAGCAGCUUAUCGAUUAAAUAUUUUUGGCUUCUUAAAGAUUGAUGAUCCAAAAUAUGGUAUUCAUGGCAAUGCAGGUUUCAAAGAUCAAGUGUUAGCUCUAAAAUGGAUUCAAAAAAAUAUACAUCAUUUUGGAGGUGAUCCUAACCAAGUUACAAUUUUUGGUGAAAGUUCAGGUGGUGCCUCUGUUAACUUGUUAUGUUUAUCACCUUUAGCUAAAGGAUUGUUUCAUCGUGCCAUAAUGCAAAGUGGAUCAGCAGAAGAUAUCACUUUAGUCACGCCUAAAAAGUAUACGGAUAUAGUUGCACCCUUAAACUGCACUACGAAUAAGUUCCAUAAAAUUGUCAAAUGUAUUAACCAAAGUUCAACCGAAAAUCUAAUAAACGGUUUGGAAGUUUUAGAAGGAAAAGUUUAUUACAAUGAAGUGCUUAACAUAUCUGAACUUUUCGAAUUUAGUACUGUCACAAUUGAAAGAAAAAGUCAUAACAGUUUCUUGACGGAAACACCAGAUCGCAUUGCGAAAACAGGAAAUUUUAACAAAGUUCCUAUUUUGAUGGGUUUCAAUACCGAUGAGAUGGCAUAUUUAGCCACAGAUUAUUUUAUUCCACCAAAUUUCACAGAUUAUAGAGUUCUUAUACCGGGAGAUAUAAAAAUAGAUUUAGCAUGUGAUGAGGCUAUAGAUUUAGGCAAAAAGAUUAAAGAAGUGUAUUAUGGAAGUCAAACACCAUCAAAUGAACUAAUUGAUCCAUUCAUAGAAUAUUUAACUGACUUAUGGAUUCUGGAAAAAAUGUAUAAGUAUGCAAAAUUAUUUUCAAAAACUACUCCAGUCUAUUUUUAUGAAUUCAAUUACUAUACAAAAUUAAAUUCAAAAGAAGGAACGCCAAGAAAAUAUAUUUAUCAUGCAGAUGAGCUACCAUAUUUAUUUUAUCAAAAAGGCGCAACGCCUGAAAAUAUGGAUAAGAAUUCUGAAGAAUAUAUAGCAAUUCAUCGUAUGAUUAAAUUAUGGACUACAUUUGCGAAAACUGGAAAUCCAAAUCCGAUAAACGAUCCAUUAUUGAAUGUUAAAUGGCUACCAGUUCAGUUAAAGAAGUUUAAUUAUUUGAAAAUAUCACAAAAUUUAGAAUUAAAACAGAAUCCAGCCGAAAAACGUAUGAAGUUUUGGGAAAAAAUUUAUAAUUAUUGAUGCUCUAAGUUUGAAAGGAAUGAAUUAUGAAUUUUAUUUAUUUAUUACAUACAAAAAAUUUAAUAGCUAUAGAUCAGGCAGGGGCAAAAGUGACUUACAGAAAUCCCCUAAGACUUCUAACCUAAUAUACGAGUAAGACAGUGACAACUUUACCACUGACAACCUUAAAUAAGAGUAAAACAGAGAGACAACCUUUUUUCUUCUACCUAUCUCAUUACUAUUAGAGAAACAGAGAUAGGUAGAAGAGUUG